AAUCCCGGCUUCGUGAUCCAAUUGAAUCUGUACAGUGCAGUUGUUGCGGUAUGGCUGACAUGGGCUUAAGUUUAGAUGACAUAAUUAAAAAAACUAAACCUUCAGGCAUGAGAAACAGAACAGGGGCCCGUCGUGGCUUCAACAGAGGGUCAAGAGCUAACGGUUCCGUGAGAGGUCGUGGAGCCCAUGCGCUUACGGAUGCACGUUUCAAGAUAAUACAAAAAAAUCGUGAGAAACUUACCGAUGCUAGAGACAAGCUAGCAGAGAUCGCUAAACAGAGCGACGCGAGAUUGAAAUUAGAUAAGAUACGAGCCUCGCAUUUGAAAAGGAUAGAAACUCAAGUUCCUGGAAUAUCGCGGAAAACUGGUAGAAACGGCAGACUUUCCUUGUCGACUAAUAAGAUUCCACCUAUGAUGCCGCAUGUAAUGCCACCGAAUAAUUAUAUGCCACCACCAUCUAGAACGAUAGGUUACAGACCUCCCUCUUUAACGGAAUCUCACUAUUCUGGCGAGAUGCCGAUUGAUUAUAACGACGAUUACGCGGUAGAUAUCAUGCCUUUAAGACGAACCGUCAACAAUGAUUAUGCUCCAACGCCUCCACCACCGCCUCCAGUGUUCAGUAUUAAACCUUCGUCUCCAUACACAUGGAUAAAACCAACGGGUAAUAACGUGACGAGGAUCGUACCGUCUCGUAAAUCUGAUAUUGAGAGAGAAAGAGAAAGAGUGAGAGAUUAUAAAAUUAUGACACAUCCUUUUAUGACAAAGACUGUAUCUCCACCUUACAAGGAAGACUGGUCCUUUGGUACAAAAUCACGGACUAUUUUAGCCGAAGAUUCAAUCGAUUCCAAGUAUUACGAACCUAGAAGUCAAAGAGAUAUAGGAGUAAAAUCACGUCUUGAUUCAAUUCCAAGUAAAUCAAGAUUGGAUCAUUUGUCUCGACCAAAAACUAGUUCGAGUUCGUCGAGUCAGUCGACCGGAUACAGAAUCGUAGUAUCCAACUUGCAAGCGAAUGUCACUCAAGAGGAUAUCAAAGAAUUGUUCGAGGAUGUUGGAGAAUUACUUAUUUCUAGACUAGUACGUCCAGGAACUGCGGAAGUUAUAUACAAAACAUUAAAGGAUGCUACUAAAGCGGUGGAAACUUAUCACAAUAGACAAUUGGACGGCCAUCCGAUGAAAUGUUUACUCGUUAAUCCAAGACCAAAAAAUAAUCCAACUGGUCCGGCCGUCAGAUCAAUUUCAGAUUCAAGAAGAAGCGUUAGUUCGAGUUACGUACAACCAAGUUUAGGAGCCGUUCAUCGUGCAUUAUUCGACGAUCCUAAUUAAAUGUAUCGGAUUUGUACGUGAGGAAUUCAUAUAAAAAUUUUAAUUAUAAUGCAACGGCGAUGCAUAAUAUUAGUAAAAAAAAAAAAAGAAAAGAAAAAAGAGAAAAAAAAAUAAUAAAAGAAAAGAGAAAUAAAAAGAUGACGCAAGGAAAAAGAACUAACGAGGAUAGAAGUUAAAACUACGUGUGUGUUGCCUGAAUUUUUUUAUGCGUUAAAUUAAAUCAAAAUAAAACUCGAUAUCGUGAGCAAAUUUACUGGAGAAAUAAGAAUUCCAUCGUUUCGUAAUUCAUUAUUCAUCAGUUGUAAUCUUUCUCACGCGAAUCACGGUUUCUUAUAAAAUAGUAUAUAAAAAAUUAAAAUUGGAAUUGUGUUUGGUAAUCCAAAAUCAUUAUUAUGCCCUAUUUCGUUGUAUGAUAAAAAGAAGAAAUAAAAUAAUAAAACGUAUGUAUGUAUGUAUGUAUAA